AUGCACUACGACUGGGGCCUGCGCGCCAUCAAGUCGGUGCUUGUCGUCGCCGGCACCUUCCUUCGCGCCGAGCCGGAUCAGCCCGAGGCCGGCCUGCUCAUGCGCGCGCUCCGCGACUUCAACCUGCCAAAGAUCGUGGAGGACGACAUGGUCGUCUUCAUGGGCCUCCUGAAGGACCUGUUUGCCGAUGUCUUCGACGCCAUGCCGCGCAAGCGCAACUAUGAGUUUGAGGAGCUGAUCAAGACCGUCGCCGUCGAGCAGAAGCUGCAGCCGAGCGACUACUUUGUGCAGAACGUCGUCGACACGCAGGACCUGCUAGACAUCCGGCACUGUAUCUUCAUCAUCGGCACCUCUGGGAACAACAAAUCGAGCACCUGGUCCACGCUCGCCAAGGUGUGGACCCGGGGCGGCGAGCGCGGCAAGACCAUCUACCGCGACAUCAACCCAAAGUCGAUCACGCCCAACGAGCUCUAUGGCUUCAUCAACCUGGCGACCCGCGAGUGGAAGGACGGCCUGCUCUCGUACACGAUGCGCGACCUGGCCACGAUGCCCGACACGAACCCAAAGUGGAUCAUCCUCGACGGCGACCUCGACGCGAACUGGAUCGAGAACAUGAACUCGGUCAUGGACGACAACAGACUGCUCACGCUCGCCUCCAACGAGCGCAUCCGCCUCCUCGGCCACAUGCGCAUGAUCUUCGAGAUCCGAGACCUGGCCUUCGCCUCGCCGGCGACUGUCACCCGCGCAGGCAUCCUCUUCAUCUCGGAGGCGCAGCAGUGGAAGAAUUACGUCCAGUCGUGGAUCGAUCACUACACGGAGGAGGAGCCGUUCCAGGUCAAGGCGGAAGCCAAGGCGGCGCGCAAGGCCAAGCUGGAGGAGCUCUUCGCAAAGUACUGCGAGGCGGUCCUCCUCGAGCUGCGCAUGAACUACAAGCACAUGCUCCCCAACCUGCUCGACUUUGGCCUCGUCCAGGCGCUCUGCAACCUGCUUGAUGACCUACUUGUCGUCGAGAACGUUGGUGUCGCCGGCGCGGAGCACUUCGAAAUCUACUUUGUGCUCGCGUGUGUGUGGGCGUUUGGUGGAGCCAUGUCCAUCACCUCGGGCGUCGACUACCGCAAGAAGUUUUCGCAGUACUGGAAGGAUACGUGGAAGACGGUCAAGUUCCCCCACCGCGGUGAGGUCUUCGACUGCUUCGUUGAUCAGACCAAGCAUGAGUUCACGCCGUGGACGGAGAUCGUCCCGGAGAUUGCGUUCGACUCCGCCACGACGCCGAUGGGGCAGGUGACGGUGCCCACCUCGGAGACGGUGGCCAUCUCGUACUGGCUCGACAACCUUAUCAAGAACAAGCACGGUGCCAUGCUCGUCGGAGGCGCCGGCUGCGGCAAGACGGCGAUCAUCAACGGCAAGCUGCGGCUGCUGCCCGAGGAGUACUCUGCUGAACUCGUCAACAUCAACUACUACACCAACGCGAAUAUGUUCCAAAAGAUCCUGGAGGCGCCGCUCGAGAAGAAGGCGGGGAAGAACUACGGCCCACCCGGCAACAAGAAGCUCAUCUACUUUGUGGACGACCUCAAUAUGGCGGCCCUCGACGCCUACAACACCGCGUCGAACAUCUCGCUCAUGCGGCAGCACGUCGACUACGGGCACAUCUAUGACCUAAACAAGCUGCAGCAGAAGGUGCUGCUCAACACGCAGUACCUGGCGGCGAUGAACCCGACGGCCGGUUCCUUCAUCGUCAACCCGCGCCUGCAGCGCCGGUUCAACACCUUCGCCAUCAACUUUCCGUCGGGAGAGUGCCUCAACAGCAUCUACUCCACCUUCCUGCUCGGCCACCUGUCCAAGUUUAACGAGGAGGUCAAGGAGCUUGGCAAGCGCAUUGUGCAGGCCGGGCUGAUGCUUCACAAGCGCGUCUCCGCCACCUUCCGCAAGACGGCCUCCAACUUCCACUACGAGUUCAACAUUCGGCACAUGGCCGGAGUCUUCCAGGGGCUGCUCAACGCCAACCCGGCGCAAUUUGGCGACCCCCUCAAGAUGGGCCAGCUGUGGCUGCACGAGUCGGAACGCAUCUACGGCGACCGUCUCGUCUCCAAGGAGGACCUGAAAAAGUACAAGGAGCUCGCCGCCGAGCAGGCCAAGAAGUUCUUCAAGGAGAUGUCGCCGACCACGCUGAUGGCCGAGCCGCUCAUCUUUUGCCACUUUGCUGGCGGCGUGGGCGAGAAGUGCUACGACCGCUGCCCGACGUUCAACGACCUGUCAGGCCUGCUCAACGGCGCGCUUGAUGAGUACAACGAGCAGAACGCAGUCAUGAACCUGGUGCUCUUCGAGGACGCGAUGCGCCACGUCGCGCGCAUCUCGCGCAUCAUCGAGUCGCCUGGCGGCCACGCGCUACUCGUCGGCGUCGGCGGCUCGGGCAAGCAGUCGCUCGCCCGGCUCGCGACGUUUGUGUCCGGCUACUCCGCGUUCCAGGUGGUCAUCACCGCCCGCUACGGAGUCAACGACCUCAAGGCGGACCUGCAGGUCAUGUACCGCAAGGCCGGUCUCAAGGGCGAGGGCAUCUCGUUCAUCUUCACGGACCAGCAGAUCGCGGACGAGCGCUUCCUCGUCUUCAUGAACGACCUGCUAUCAUCGGGCAACAUUCCCGGCCUCUUCCCGGCGGAGGACAUGGACGACAUCAUCAACGGCGUGCGUCCCGCCGUCAAGCGCGCCGGCCUGCCCGACACGCGGAGCUCAUGCUGGGACUACUUCAUCCAGCAGGUGGUGCAGAACCUGCACGUCAUCCUCUGUUUCUCACCGAUCGGCGACCCGAUCAAGGUGCGCACGCGGCGCUUCCCUGCGCUGGUCAACUGCGUCGUCAUCGACUGGUUCCAGCCCUGGCCGGAGGAGGCGCUCGUGUCCGUGUCGAACCGCUUCCUCUCCGACGUGGACCUCGGCGAUGACGACGUCCGCCUCGCCGUCUCCAACUUUAUGCCAUACUCCUUCCUCGCCGUCAACGAGAAGUCGGAGGAGUACGCGCGGGUGGAGCGCCGCUACAACUACACGACGCCAAAGUCGUUCCUCGAGCUGAUUGCCCUCUUCAAGAGCAUGCUUGCGGACCGGCGCAAGCAGACAGAGACCGCGAUCACGCGCCUGUCCAACGGCGUGCUCAAGCUCGAGUCGACGGCCAAGUCGGUCGGCCAGCUGGAAGAGGACCUGAAGGUCAAGUCGGUCGAGGUCGAGGAGAAGAAGGCGGCCUAG